AUGCACCGUUUCCAACGUAAUAGGGUAACAGGGAAGAGGAGAUCGUCAUCCUCCUCAUGGAAGGUAUGGCGGCCGAUCGUCGUUGCGGUGCUCGUCGCUCUCGUUGCUAUUGCAGCACCAAGCACGGUCGAGGCGACACAAGCGCAGGACAGCACUACAGAGGACACAACAACAACAGUGGCACCGUUCAUCGGGAUAGACCUCGGUACAACGUACUCCUGUGUCGGAGUUGUCCAAAACGGCCGGGUGGACAUCAUUCCCAAUGACCAAGGCAACCGUAUAACACCGUCAUAUGUCGCCUGGGACUCGGUAAAUGGAGAGCGCCUGAUCGGUGAUGCGGCCAAAAAUCAAGCCACCAUCAACCCCGAGAACACCGUAUUCGACAUCAAGAGGAUAAUCGGCCGCCAGUUUGACGAGAAGUCAGUGCAAGCCGAUGCGAAGCUCUUCCCCUUCAAGGUGGUCAGCCAAGACAGACAAGCGGCAGUGGAGGUGGAGGUAGGUGGUUCGAAGAAGACCUUUGCCCCUGAAGAAAUUAGCGCGAUGGUGCUCUUGAAGAUGAAGGAGACCGCCGAGGACUUUCUGGGCCAACAAGUGUACAACGCUGUCAUCACUGUGCCUGCCUACUUCAACAACGCCCAACGCCAGGCAACAGAGGACGCCGCCAGGAUCGCUGGGUUGACGGCAAGCAGGAUCAUCAAUGAGCCGACGGCCGCCGCUCUAGCGUACGGCAUGGACAAGAAAUCAUCUCAAGAGAAGAACAUCCUCGUGUACGACCUUGGAGGCGGGACGUUCGACGUCAGCCUUCUCACAAUAGACGAUGGCGUUUUCGAGGCAACAGAAACCCGGUCUCUCCUUGAGACUGAGAUUGACGAGUAA